AUGCCGCAGCACAGAAAUAACAACUCUUGGUACCAGCCUGGCAACGCUCGCUGCUCACACCCCGGUUGCUCGUUCAUGGGCUCGCACAAGUCUCUCGAACUCCAUAUGAUGGACAGGCACCUUAUCUUUCCCCCAGGAUGGGAGAAAAGAAGGAAAUCAGACGAAUGGGACGCCGAUCCUAGCUUGAAAGGGAAGCCCAUGUCCAUCCAAGGCACUUCCAUUGUGCUGGACACGCCCGAAGCUAUCGACGACUGGAUAACCGAGCGCAAGAAGCGGUUUCCUACCGCGCAAAAAGUUGAGGACAGGAAGAGAAAGCUGGAGGAAGCCCGAGCCCGCGGACAGCUGGUGCCUGGUGACUUUUCUCGGCCGUUGAAAAGGCCCAAAAACGACGAUUUCACGAGGUCGGAUCGUCCAAGAGGAACCCGCGGUUCUUUCGGGAGAGGAAGAGGACGUGGCAGGGGUGGUGGUCAGCCGGUCAGGACAAACGCUCCGCCCCAGAGUGCCACUUGUGAGCCUCCGGCUAUCAUACAACAAAAUGCUCGCGAAGCACCUCCAAACAUCGAUGUCAAAACAUUCCAUGAAUCAAGCGAUGAUGACGAUGGUGCCCCAGAGGAAGUGACAAGCAAGGCAGCCCCUCCGACGUCGCUUCAGGACGAUAGGAAUGACAGGAACCCUGCCGAAGACAAGCAAGAGCCUCCGGAACCCGCGCGGAAGCCUGCUCCGAAGAGACCCAAACCACCUCCCCACAACCCGUUUGCAUCACGACCCGUCCUUUUACGAAACCUAUUGCUACCUGAAAUCCGCAUGACAGUAUCGAACCUGUCGCAAGCCAUUCGAUUCAUCGUGGAUAAUGAUUUUCUUGACAAUGUCGAGCUGAAGGCUGGCGAAGCCAACGACAAAAUGAUUGAAGAGGUGGACGGCAGUGGUGAAUCUAUCCCUCUUUAA